AUUUUUUUGACGUUGGCAGAGGAAUUAAAGUAGCCCUAGAGUGGUCAUAUUUAUGCACAGAGCAACGGGACUGGAGUACUUUGACGCUCAACUGUCAUUUCACUGUUCAUUAGCAGUUCACGUAUGAACAUUCUAUCGCAAGAAAGACUUUUUGGUUGAUUAUCCAAGCAAAUUUGUUGUUCUCAGAUCACAGGCAUUAGAUUUCAAGAGAAAAUAGCAUUUAUCCUCAUCUUAAGGAAUGUCAUACAAUCCGCAUAAUAUACAGAAAGUUUCUUCAGGUCUUCAAGUAUUAUUGUUUCUGAAUCAUCUUUUUAUCACGAGCAAGGAAUCUCAUUCUAAUAAUUGCCACUAUAUUUAUAUGAAGCAUGAAACAAAUUUCAACGUUGAUUUUAAUUGCAUAUGUACACAUUCUUUGUUUUUAUCUACUUUAUUCGGCGUUUCAGGUUACCAACAGAUACCCUUAUGAAGUUGUUUGUAACAAUUUGUUUAACAGAGUUUCAGUCGCUGUCUAAUUUCAAGCCAUGGGAGUUCUGGAUAUUUCAAGUUCUGGAUAUCUCAAGUUUUAGAAAAACCAUGUUUUAAAAACCCAUUUCAUGAUCUUGACUCAGGCUUGUGAAAGCCUGUCUCUUGUCGCCUAGUCUAGUAAGCGGUACACGCAAUUUUAACAAGGCGACAUGUCUAUGUGGUUUGAUAGAAUCUCUCAUAAAAUUCCACAGAUAUCAUAUCUAACUCCACAAAUACUGUUUAUAGGUGAGGUGGUAGCAGAGUUGCCUUGAUUAUUUCUCUAUUAACAGCAAUUUGUAGCCUUUCAUCGCCAUACAACAAAACAUUAAGUAGCAUUCUGUUUGAAAAGUUGAUAGGCCAUGCGAUAAUGCACCGACACCUUUGAGAAGAUCGCGUCUAUAACAUAAAUGGAAGAACAGCAAGAAAUGAUCUGUAUCCUCAACGCCAUCAUUUAUAGAGCACAUUGGAUCAAUUGUAUCUUUGAAAUUAUAUCAAAUCUUAUGCAGGUUCAGCUUACUUCAACGAGCACGUAAGUGGGUAAGAAAGAGCUGCUAGGUGUUUUGGAACAUCGAUACUUAAUUCUGGUUUAGGAGUGGGGCAAAGUUACAGAAGCUUAUUCUUGAAAGAAGUUAUUGUAGGUAAUAAUCAAACUUCUGGGGCGAGUUUGUUAGAAGGUGUGGUAUGGAGAUGAAAGCUUGCUCUGUAACUUGCGGUUCUUGCACAUACGAAAAAUUCCUAAUGAGGCCACGAAAAGUGCAUACUUACUUUUUGUGUAUGCGUUCCCAUAGAAAUAGUAGAGCUAGAAUGCGCGCUCUAUUGUUCGCCUAUUGUUUUCUGCGUAAUACCAAUGGGCAGCAAAGAUGGUAGCAACAUGUUGGCAAAAAGCUUUUGUGGCGUACGUUGUACACAAAUAAGAAGUUAUGGACUUACCGAUUCUGCGUGGUGAUAUGAGGAGAAAAAUUUCAUGAAAACUUUCCAGCGCCAAAAUAGAAGAAGCGUUGUUGUUUUCAGGUCUCUUUGUAUGCUGUCCAAGUUUGCUUUUUGAGUUAAGCAUAUCAAAGAUAUUGUUCAUCAGAAGGACGAAGUCGCUGCUUGCUUUGCUGUCCUUAAAUUCUUGCAACCCCAGAUUUCUCAAAAAAGUUAUUGCAGAUGCCACAGAAUGGCUUAAAGUCUGUGCUGCAACACUGAUAGUAUGUCAUUUUUUGUGUUCUAUAGAGUGCAAGAACAUACUACCAAGAUAUUAUUUGUCCAGCUGGGGUACAAAAGAUCUUGAUGGUGGAAAAGGCAUUUCUUGCAAGCUUCAGCAUGUGGCAGGUAUCAAGAAUUACAAAGAUAUUUUCACUGGGGUAUGGAUAUGGAAAUAUGGAAAUAAUGUGCAAAGGUUUUUUAUAUCACAUCCAAGUUUCUCAGCCAUGCUAACAUUCUUAAGAGCACAAUCAAAGAUGACUGCAUGAACUUUAGCUUCCCUUCUAGCAAGGAGGUCAAUUGCUUCACUUAUGAGCUGUUUCAAUAUUUUUGCAUUUAGGGUUAUUUGUUAAAAAGUACCCAAUAGGGACAUACCAUGGUAUUUAUUCAGGUCAGUAGUUUUUUGCAACCACCCCCCCCCCACCCCUGCUUAUUAUAAUCCAGUAUAAAAAAACAGAAUAGGAAUGGAAAUGUUACCCCAUCUAUGGAUUUCCUCAUAAACUCAUUAAAUAAAGAGAUAUAUGGUUCCACAUAUUUAAGUACGUAUUUACUGAAAUACAUAAGAAUACGUUCAUGUCCCCCCUUCCACCAAAGUUUGUUAGGAAAUUUUGCUACAAUAUAAGAAAUUGUAGGAGAAUUUAUCUUCGGCAGCCGAGUAAAUUCACCUAUUGCACCCUCUUUGAAGAAUUAAUGCCACGAACCAUAAGAUGACUUUUAAUUUGGUUCACUGCCCUCCCGAUUUUAUGUACCUACUGUCUGUUUGUAAACAUAGUAGAAAUAUCAAUGAUGAAAAUCAUUUCGAAUAGUUAAUAAAAGUAUCAUAGAAUUUUUGGAAGAUAUUUUUUUCUAUUCAAAUUCCUAUCAAGAAUAACGAGAAACACCGUACACACAACGGGCCUACUUACUUGUAGAACGAUAUGUUUGUUUGACCGGGAAGUAAGUCUUUUAUAGGAUUCCAUCGAUUCUGGCAGCCGAAAGCAGCACACGACACUACCAUUUCUUUUAUCAAAGUUCGAUUAUCAUUCAAUGUUAGCAACAGUGCAUUAGAUUAAUUAGAAAUUCAAGCGCGUAUACGGUGACAGGGGUAGGCAAUACUGUCCGCUGUGAUUUCCCGCGUAUUUUUUUGCCAACUUGUUGCUACCAUUUUGGAUCCCCAUAGUUCGCACGCGUCACGUGAUAGACCGCGCAUUCUAGCGCUACUAUUUCUAUGUGCGUUCCCAUCUCUAUGGUCGCCCCAAUGAAAAUUGUUUCUAAGUUUUCCCGUUGUAUCCUCGUCAUGGGUAUGAGGCUACAAUCGCAGAAAAUGGCGGCAGUUAUCUCGUGGUGUUGACUCGUGCUCAGGGUAAACGAUUGCAAAAAUCCGAAAUCACUUGCUAUGCAUAUUGGAGAAUUUCUGCGCGAGGCGAAGUGCUGUAUAAGGUGUUUGCAUAGAUUAUCUGGAAAGCAUAAUAGAGCCAAUUUCGUUCUCAGAAGGGCUGAUGACGCCGAGCAUGCAAAUGUAAAACAUGGUGCAGAGUUGCUACAAAACUGUCAGCCAGUAUUGCAAGAAGAACAUAAAUCAGAAAGCUGCCCACUUUGUUUGGGAAUCCUUGGAGACAACUUUUUGAGCAGUUGUUUGAACAAAAUAGCAAAGAAAAUGUUGGAAGAUGGCUAUGACAGUGACACAUUUUCAUUGAAUGCUAUGAUUCCCAAUUCAAUAGCUAUAAGACAGCACUCAUUGUAUACAUAUGCAAAAGAGAAACUGAGAGACGAAGUAUGGAAACAGGAAGAUGUUGUUUCAGUGAAAGAUGCUUUGAAAUAUGGACUUACUGAAAAAUUAGAAGAAAAAACAAGAAAAAAGUGCGAUGUCAAGAGCGACUUGAGGGUCACUGUUGUUGCUGAUUACAUCAACGAUCGCAAGGAAGUCUCGGCCUUAAUGCAAUGUAGUAAAGGAUCAAAUUCCAGAAAAAGGAAGUAUGGUGGAAAACCUUCACAAAGUAUUUCUAGUAUUCAAACCACUCUAGAUGAGAUGAAAUCCGUGGAGACUCUUUCAAAGUAUGCAGACUGUCCUCCGCAAUUACCAACCGAAUCUUGCAGCUUGAAAGAUAUUCUUUGUUUUCAAGAAGCCAUUUACGUUGCAGGAAGGUACAAUAAAUAUUCAAGGGAAUUAAGCCAGACGCCUUGGAUAAUCGAUGGAACCAGAAAAACAGAAUCCUCAGUUCAGGAACUGAUAUGCGAUAAAAUAUUGCAAUAUUUUCGUGCGACAGAUUUAAAGUUUAUUUCGGCCGGCAGAGAAGAUGUUGACGUAAAAAUGCUUGGAUCAGGCAGACCGUUUGCCAUAGAGCUCAUUAACUCCAGAAGAACUAAAACAUCGGAAGAAGAUGUCAAGGAGCUCCAGAUCUCAAUCAAUAGUUCAACCGACAUGAUAGCUGUCAAUCGUCUGCAAAUGAUUCCAAAAAAAGAUCUUACUUUACUGAAAGAAGGCGAAGAGCACAAAAUAAAACUCUACAGAGCUACUGUCUAUGCAAAGAAUGGAGUGAGCGAUGAAAAGCUCGAAAGUCUCCAAAAUGUAAAGGAUCUUGUCAUCUCCCAAAAAACUCCCGUUCGUGUCUUGCACAGGAGACCAUUCGCAGCAAGAAGCAAGACCAUUCACUCGAUUUCAGCUGAGAGGAUCGACCAAAAUCAUUUUGCUCUUAAUCUUUCCACACAGGCAGGGACAUACAUCAAGGAAUUUGUGCAUGGCGACUUCAGACGGACGUGUCCUUCACUCGGAUCUCUUCUUGAAACAGAGGUUGAUAUUCUGGAACUUGAUGUACAGGAGGUUGAACUAGUAUGGCCGCCAGCUAAAGAAGAGGAAGAAAGAAUUUUUUGAAAGGCUGCAGCCUUUGGUAACAAGGUAUGUUCAAUAGGCUUGGCUUGAGAAACAUUUGGUAACCACAAAGGUUCGAAAGAAGCAGGAUCUUUUUCAGAAAUUGUAGCUCUAGACGAUAUCUGAAGCGUAUAGAGGUGGUAUUAAAAGACCUUCUGCAAGAUCUGAUUCAAGUGUUGUUUCUGCAAAAUAUCCAACAGCUCCCUCUGCAAGAUAUCCAACAACAAGUCCGUGCGCACGUUUGCACUUUGCUAAUGAUUUUAAACCAAGAUAUCGCACAGAAGUUUGACCUUAAAUGUAUGUUUGCGCAAGAAUUGAAAUGAAAUACUGCUGUGAUGAAACAAAGAUUAAUUAUAAUUCUCAUCUUUAUUUUAUUUGCCAUGUGGGCACGUUUCUUUAAGCAGCUCAGCCCACAGUAUGUAUUUGUCCAUUAAUUAGUUAAAAAUAGUCCUUUAUGGAUAUGACUUCUAAUCGAACAUAUAGCUAAAGACAUUUUAGUGAGAUUACAUCAUUCUUUGCUCCCUCACCCCUUUGUAUAAUUCUUAAUGACAAAAUAGCCUUUAUUUUUUGAAUAAUAGAAUUUAAGGCAAGUAGAAAUGUACAAUAUUCAAGUCUUCUCGAUCUCUGUUUGGAAUUUUUUCAAAUUUUUGUUAACUAUCAAUAAAAAUUUUGAAAUUUCAGUUUCCCCAUAUGGUUGCAUUGUCAUUUUUUAAUUUAAGUCGGUUGUAUGACAUGUGCUUUUCAGAGAGACGUAAACCCUAAAGACAUAGCUCAAAUCUUCCAGCUCAAAGCUCAAAGCUCAAAGCUACGGUUUUACAUGUGUUGCUUUUUUAAUAUCAAACUUUGUUCGUAUUCGAAAUAGGCUGUUUGAAAGGGGUAAUGAAUGUUAUUCGCUGAAAGUAAGCUUAUAUAAUUGUUCCCCAAAACUUUUGGAUGUCACAAUUCUUUCACUAACAACAAGUAGUUAGGUCAAAUUCACUACGUCUUACGAUAUAGAUGGUUUUCUUUAUUCUCAAGAUCUUUUAUACCCCCUACAUUUUCAAAUGCAAAUAAGACCGAUGUUAUGAUAACAAAUGUAAAUGUGCCUUCUUGCUCAACAUACACGCAUAAAAUUGUGGGCAGGAAAUUCAUUGUUUUUUAAAGGAUGGCAACGAAAGCUCCGGGGGGGUGGUAUGGUUUUGCGCAAAAAACGGAGAGAAAUGAGUGAUGAUUUUUUUCUGCAAUGCUUUAUGAAGCGAAAAAUGUUCAUGAUAAUAAUCUUAUGUUCAAAUGAAUAUUCUAAGGAGCGCGAGGGGGGUGCAGAAAACACCUUUCUUCAUCAAAUCGCAUUCUGACAGAAGUUGUAGCUUUUACCUGGCCAAACUGUGUAAAGCCAUCUUAAACCCUAUUUUCUUGCUGCAGGUUAAAAAGCCGUCAUCCCGUUGCCUCUUUUUUCGCAUAUUCUGAAAUCACGAAUCAAUGCGAGAGCGGUGAUGCAGUUGUGUCACUGAAACCCUAGUGACUUUCAUUGAUACUGCGAAUUUCAUUUUUUUCAGCCACAGCUGCUCACUACGUUCUCUUAUUAUUAUCCAUGUCUGUAUGGCUCAUCCAUUAGUUAUUCUGUUUGACGAAUCCAAGAAUGAAGAAUAUCUAUCCUUUUUCCAAUAUCAGAGUAGCAAUAUCCAAUGCAUCUCAAAUGUCGGGAGUAGCUGGGAUUUGCUUGAUGUCUUCUCACAUUUAUUACUAAAAUAAAAGCUUAAAGUCUUGUGAGAUUCUAGGACUUUGCACCUGGACCCAACUGGUGAAGUCACACUAUCCAAGACCGUUUUCCACAUUAUCUCCUGUUACGAAUUUAUUUCUUGUUUUCUCUUUUUGUAACGUUAAAGAAAGCUGCGUCAAUGUACUUAGUUACCCAAAAGAAUCUAGCAACCUUUGUGAUGACAAGAUGUCCCUUUAUUAUACCACUGGAAGUUAUACUUCCUUUUUUAUGGUGCAAUUAUGAAAGAAAAAUUAGGUAAAUCGAGAGUUUUCUGAUCUAAAAACAAAUAGUAAGUGACUAUACUACUGGUGCCAGCUGCAGAUGAAAACGAGAUGAAGUAAUCUUGGUUCAAACAAGUUUAUUCUAAAGUUAUCUCGAGGUCCAUUUUGAGUAUGGUUAGGGACAGAUUAUCAUACCAAGAUUGCAUUCUUUGAUUUCAAACAGUCUCAUAAUUUCGUAUACAAUGAAACCUCUUUAUAACGGCUGGCACUCAGACCAGUGUUGUAUAGAGGUGUCCGUUGUAUAGAAUCUGUCCGUUGUUGAGAGGUAUCCGUUGUAUAAAAGUGUCCGUUUAUGGAGGUUCCAUUGUAAUUAAGUAUCUAUUCCAAUAUCUUCCAUUACCUAAUUACAGCAAUAACAUACCAUAAAUAUUAUUACAGCUACAACGGCUUGUUACGCGUAAAUUUCAACGUACGCUAGAAUAACAUAAAUUUCAAUACAAAUAGAAACGUUAUUACCAGCAUAUACUAUUUUCAGCAGAAAAUGAAAAUGUUCGAAUCAACAUAAUUUUUAACAGAUUGGGUUGAAGUGGUUGGGCGUUGGUAUUGUACUUAUAUCAAGCUUCUUGAUACAAAUUUGACAACUAAGUUAAACCAUCUUUGGUCGUCUUGACUCGAUAUCAAAGCAAAUUUCUCCUAAAUUGUCAACUGUUUGAAAUAAGGACUUAAAAAUUGGAGUUCAUUUAAGAGGUAGCAUGUUUUAUUAGGCAACUCCGGGCAUUCAGUUAAAAUUCAUUGCCUAAAUUUUCCCUGCAAGCAAUUAACUGAUUUUAGGUAGAGAAGGACUGAAAGCCAAUGUUCAUAGAUGGAUCAAACAAUUCUUCCGUCUUGAUAUCCUGAUCACCUGAUUUCCCUUUUCCCUUGUACGAAUAAGGGCAGUUUGUGACUGUGUAGCCCCAUCUGUUUAUUAGCUAUUUUUUUGUAAACCAACAUUAAAUAACGUGAAUAAAAAAACGCCCUCUGGAAGCGUUAUCACUACGCCUCGCCAAAACGUGAGGUAAAAGCAUGAAAAGGGGCCAUGCUUCACCUCUUUUGGUGAUUUGAGCGUGAACAAAGUCCUUAUUUGUUCAUUCAUUGUCACCGUGUCAUAAAUAAUCCUAUGAGCGUCUCUAUCUUCUCCGCAUUAAACUCCCCCCUCCCCCGUUCUGCGUGAGUUUCUUUUUCACGAGCGUGACGUCAUUCAGACGACCAAGUGACCCCUAGCGUUUUUCUCAAAUCUUUCCAUCGUUUCCUCUGGUUUCAAAUGGUUUUGACCCUUGUACCUAGGUGGUCCAUUUGUCGUUUAAUCGAACGUUCUAUUAUGUUUACUGAUUUUGUUAAAAUUUUUAGUUUUGUUAUAUGAUAUCUUUUGUUCCCGUUAGUUUUUCUAUGUCACCACAAACGUAUAGGAACUUGGAAGCAAAGGGGCACGUCCCCGCUUUUUAUAAACAGUUGCUUCAUUCUCUUGAAUGUACACGUCCCCCCAGUACUCGAUAGGAUCAGCUUUCUAUUUUGUCUAAAUUAGACGAGAAGAUGUUGAGGGAAAGAUAAUAUUAUUGGUAACGUACUUUUUUUGAUGCAAUCCUGUGAUUUUGAAACUACCUUUAAGGAACCAAAAUUUAGUCACAGGCGUACCCUUCGGGUAAAAUUGGCGUUCUUUGUCGGUAAAAGGGCGUUCUCUGGCGGUAAUAAGGGCGUGGUCGAAAAUUUUCAUUUUUCCCGCUCAGAGUCUAAUGGCUGGUGCCACCACUGCGACCCCUCCCUCCCCCCCCCCCAUAAGCUUCCUACGUCUAUAACGUCAUGCAGAUAAGAAAAAGUAGCUUGGGAGACUAUCCGAGAAUAAGAAAUGAAAAUGUUGUCAGGGCAAUUACUACUUGUCUUCUUCCAUCUCAUCAAAGCGGAAUGACAUGUAUGCUACUAGAAAGGGUCAGAGAUCAUAACAAAACUUCAAAUCCGGGAAAGAGUAUUACUAGUAUCGCCAAAUUCCGUAGUCUGUAAGUUCCAUCCAUAUUUUCGAAUUACCAGAAUCUUUUUAAGGCCAUUUUGCUUACAUACGACUGUAGUUGAAGCUUCUCAAAAUGUUCUCUUGAACCUUCCAAUCUACUCCUUCCCUGAGCCUUCUGCCCUAGGCCUUUCCUAUUAUUAAUUGCGGUGCUUUUGUGUGGCAAAACAUGAUUGCUGCUGCUGUUGAUGUAUGAAAAGUCAUGCGUCAUUUUAAUGCGCUGGAAUGACAGUUUCCUCUAUAUAUUCUCAUGAGGGCUUUUCCAAUCCCUCUUUAGAGGGCAGAAGCUGCUUCAAUCUCCUCUUACGGCAAAGAAUCCUCUGCAUCAUCGACCGACCUGUUUGGUUUGAAUCAAAUACCCUUUUAAUGCCAUCUAUUGUCAUGGAUGGACACCUUCCCAUUUGAUCUGUGAAUUGUUUUUAAUUCUGAAACCCAUUUUGAAAUUUAUCUGUGUUUGCAGAAUGUUUGUGUGGAUCAAAAGCUGUUUGACUAAUCAAAAUAUAAAUACAGUAAGAUUUAUGCGAAUUACAGUUAAGUGAUUCUUAUUCCUCGAAAUUCGAUAUAAGAAUCCUUGUUUUUGUAAGGAUGAAGAGACCUAGGCUUUCUAAGCAUUUGGAAUUUAAGACAAAAGCAUCUAGAUUCGACUGCUGAGUGCGUGGUUAUCGGAAAAUUCAUGUCCUCCGGAUAUUUCGUAAACUCUUGCAGCAUAUCUCAACCAGCUUUGUGAAAUCUUUCACCAAAUUGCCCGAAAACGCUGAGCAAUUUUCUCAUUAAACUCAAGGGUACUCUUUAGUUCUUCUUUGAUUAUUCCAGUUACAUUCAGAUUAUGACGACACUACUGUCUGGCUGUUUGUUGUUAUUGUUGUUGUUGCGUUUGUAUUAGUUGUUGUUGUUGUUGUUGUUGUCGCUGGACAUUAAAAGCAACCCUGCUUAAGUGAAAACCCACAUAAAUGAACCUGUGUUUACUGAAGGGGCUGAAAUGGUUCCUACACGUUGACGCAGUGGUUCGUAUAUUAAAGGUUCAUGCAGAAUGGUUUCAGUUCGUCUCACUGUUUCCUACUUCGCUACUUCGUGUUUAGUUUUAUUGCUCUGCUCUGAGGAUCAUAAUCUGCAGCUUAUUUUACUGGUUUUCACACAACUUCAUUUAUGACGUCCGAGUUUAACAUUUUAAUGAUAACAUUAUAGGGGUUAUGAUGAUUAUUAUUUAUUUUGUGGUUCAAAGUUUCCCUCUUCGGGCUACGUUUCAGGCUGUGUUUGCAGCGCAGUCUUCUGGCUCCCACGGAUGAAGCCACUGCGUUGUUGACUAGAACAGAUACCAUAGAUAAUUUGUCAGCUGCUAAAACAAAACAAGAUUCUCUCCAGUUAAGCGAUCAUUAUUUUACCACCUGUUCUCUUGUUAACCAUGAAAGUAAACACAUUUUAGUUUUAUUGCACAUUAACCCAUCAUAAUAAAACGUUCAUUUCGAGAUAAUUUGCAUGUUUGCUGAUGUAAGUGCAUGUCCAUCACUUAGGUUCGCUAAUGCUUUCCAUUUGAGAUUUUCUGCCAGUUUCUUCGCCUCAUCCUGAUAAUGGUGUCAACACUCAGUUCCUUAGUUUAUUCUAAUUUGUACUUAAUAUUUAAUAUUUAAUACUUAAUAUUUGAACGAGUACCCCUUCUUUCUUUCACCUCUAAAUGACUUUCCAUAUCACACCUGUGAUCAUAUCUGCACCCGGAUGGCUUUCAAAUAAACUUGUUUUUAUGAGAACCAGACAAGUUUUGCUGUGGCUCGAUGUUUUUUGGAUAAUUGAAGCUCUGCUUCUCUUAUUGUUGGUUUUAUGUGAACAUGUUUCUACAGCAGCAUACUAUAAAUUGUCUCUAAAAACAGUUUUGCAAGGCAUUUUUAGUUGCACCGUUAAUUUGCUUAUAAUAUCUGCUCUUUUCGUUAACUUGAGAGAAAAUUUCCAAAAAUGUAUUGUUGUUUCCCAAUUUUUCAUCCAGGACUGGACGCGUUCCUAUGGUAUUCUUAUCUUUUGGACAAAUCGAGCCUUACUGCUCUUAUAAAUUGUGUUCUUAUAAGAAAAGAGUGGAACAGCCUUUGCGUGUUUGUAAAAGACUUUUGUUGAAUCAGAUGUCUAUAAUCUUAUGAAAUCUAAUUCUCAGGUCUUUCCCACAUUUGCUUGCUCGCCAGUUUCUGUUCUCACUCCGUAUUUCAGUGUAUCGCUUCUAUGAAGAUUUCCUAAGACGAGUGUGGUGCUUAUUUAGAUAUGUUAAUAAGAUAGUUUACCCCUUGUCUGGCCUGCGUUGUUGACAUAUAUGUGAUUAGGCUGGUAUUAUAGAGACCUCUUUAGUGGAGAAUAUUCGCUGGUUGUUGUAUUAUUCUUCAACUUGCUCAGGGUGAUCGAGUAAAUAGUGCCAGGGUAAUGGCAUUCGUUGUCUUUGUCACACCAGCAACAUCUUUAUGUUUAACUGCAGUCAUUGCCAAACAGUGCACGAUAAUUAAAUCCUGUCUCGAUGAGAAACUGAUGUUUCAUAAAUUAUUUUGAUUGUGUUAACAGCAAACAGGAGCUUAAGCAUGGACUGGCUUUUGAAUAUUUCCGAGCAUCAGCUUGUCAAAGUAUUUAAGGGAAAGGUGCCAAAGAAGAUGGAGAAGUAACGAUAAUUGUUUAAAGGGAUAUCUGAUUGAUUUACCAAAAUGCUAUAAAUUAUCCAUGAACUAAUGCAGUGCCGUAUUAAUCAGGCAUAAGCCUUCUAGAAAUUGUAUUUUUUGUUAAAUGAAACUUUCAAAUUGAAAGCAACACAUUUGUUAACUGCAAAUAACAGGACGGGGAUCGACAAAUUAAUGAAAACAUCUUAAUCUUUUCGUACCAUCUGUUUUUUCUACAUUUGUGAACAUAAAAACUUAAUACUUUCGUUUUGUCUAAAUUUCGAAAGUAAACAUACAAACGUAUUUGGAAAGCCCAUGCUAAAGGCUUUAAAUCGCAAUGUUGCAUGUGCCUCAUUUUAGAAAGAUCUGAAAAACAUUUCAACCAGCUAGUUAAAAUGUCCGAGAGUUCCUACAAACGACAACAAUAUUCCUGUAAGUUGAAGAUAACACCACAAGGUGAUGUCAACUUGUGCGUGGUUUUUCGAGCCAAAAUCAAGUUUAUGCUUGUAGCAGCAUUCAACAAGUAUAGAACCAAGAGACUAUCCUUUCACAACAACAGUAACCUGUUAAUGCUUGGCGUGCCUAAAUCGAGAUUCAGAUCAUGCAAAUGCGCUGGCUUUGCUAGAAAUCUUUUUCGGGGGUCUGGCUGCAUUAAAGAAAGAAUAGCAGUGCAUUUUCCAAAAAGUGAAAUUAUUUUCUAAGUUAAACAACAGUCUUCCGUAUUCCUACCUACAUUUUUAAUAGCUGUAAACUAUCACUGGCCAAUGCACAAGCACCGCAAAGCAUACUACAGAAUGAAGGGGCUAAAACCAUCUGGAAGGGCUAAACAUGCUGAAAACCAAGAGCAAGGUGACUUUUUGUAUGGUUUUAAGUAAAUUUUGGAAAUUAUUGGGGGUUCUAAAGCCCCUUCAGCACCCCCACCCCCGGUUCCGCGG